AUGUUACACAGCAAUGUUGAGCAUCACUGUUGUGCGCGAAGACGGUGUCACGUGUACAUUGAAGGCAAUUGCCCAUCCCACUCUAAUCAUACGAAGUUCAUAACAUUUAGGUAGUCGAAGUGGGAUUGUACAUAAGUACGAUGAUAACCACAUAAUCGGUUCACCGUCAGUCGGCCGCGCACGUCCCACGCUGUCAUGUGUAUAUCGAUACCACGAUUUUCUAUAGAAGCCACGUUCACUGUAGUAUCACUUGAGUGCGCAUGCGGACUAGAAAAUAGUUUCGAAAAAAGGCCAGAGUUUCAUCGUUGUAAAAGUACUCUGUGCGUUAGCCUUUCCAAUUUUUGCGUGGUUCGGUUCGAUUCGCCUGACAUUUGACGUUUAACGGAUUGAUGCAUAUAUAAACAUUCAUCCAAGAUGUCAGACAUUGAAGAAGAUGAGUUCCAAGAUGCCCAGGAAACCAUACCAGAGCCUACUUCCAUGGAUUUGGAUACAGCGAUAAUGGAAGCAAAGAAAGCAAUUAAUUGUUUUUUUAACAAUGAUUUUGACAAAGCAAAAAAAAUUAUGGAGCCAUGGGCAGCUAGUAGUAUAUAUCAUUCGCUAGGAACAAGUGUUUUUGCUUUUCUUGAGGCAAUUUUAACAUUUGAACAAGAAUAUGUUGCAAAAGCAGCUGCAGCAGUAAAACAGUGCAUGAGUCUUUGCUCAAAGCAACGCAAACACGUUACAUUGACUCAAAAUAUUGGAAAAAUGGUCAAGAAAACUAAUUAUGAUGUCUACACAAUUGAGGAAGUGCAUGCGGAACUAUGUUAUGCCGAGUCACUCCUUUUAAAGUCGAUGCUCACGUUUGUGGAGGACGAAACUUUGGUCAGCUUUGUCAAAGCUGGAUUGAAAAUUCGUGCCUGCUUUCUGUCAUAUAAGGAAUGUCUAACAAUUUUGAAUAAUCGCAAAUGGGAAAACGAUGUUCACAAAGUUCAUUUUGAAAGCGGUGUUCGCACAGGAAUCGGAGCGUUUAAUUUGAUGAUCUCAUUGUUACCGGCAAGAAUUAUCAAACUAUUAGAGUUCAUAGGCUUCUCUGGCGAUAAGGAAUAUGGUUUAUCGGAGUUGGACGCAGGAUAUAGGGAAAGAAGAGGAUUACGGCACGUGUUGUGCGCAAUGAUUCUCUUAUCUUACAAUUUACUAGUAUCUAUUUUCCUAAGUAAUACAGAUGGUGAUCUAGACUGGUGUGAAAAAGCGUUGGAAGAGGAGUUAAGUCUUUAUCCAAACGGUGUAUGGUUUUUGUUUUUCAAGGGCAGAUUAGAACUGAUAAGAGGAAAUUUUGAAACUGCAAUAGAAUGGUAUACGAGAUCGUGGAAGAGUCAAGAUUUAUGGCCUCAGUUUCAUCACCUUUGUUUUUGGGAGUUGAUGUGGGCGCAUUGUUCGCUGGAACAAUGGGACGAGGCUGCUACGUUCGCCAACUGUUUAGUUAAGGAAUCACAUUGGUCACGUACUGUUUAUUUAUAUCAAAAGGCAGCAAUACUUCUCAUGCAAAAGCCAUCGUCGCAAAGCGAGAAGAAACAGUUAAUCGAUGUGUUGAUGAUGCAAGCGCCUACGUUCAAGCAACGCAUAGCAGGCAAAUCGUUGCCAAUGGAAAAGUUCGUUAUUAAAAAGACGGAACGUUAUUUUGCUCAGAAAGAUAAACUAGUUCUUCCUGUAUUCGAACUAAUGUACGUGUGGAAUUUGUUCCGAACAAUCGGCAAACGACAAGAUUUAACAUUAAACAUAUUCAAGCAAAUCGAGGAAGCGGAGAGAGAACUUAAGAAUAUCCCAAAAACUGAAUUUCACGGAGACAACGAAGCUCUUCUGUUGCUUUUAAAGGGCGCCUGUUUGCGCCAAUUAAAACGUCCUUUAUUUGCCGAGGAUUGUUUAACUCGUGCACUUGCUUUAGAAAAAUCAAUUAGAGAAGAUACUUAUAUAAUUCCUUUUGCAACAGUAGAAUUAGCUUUGUUGGCGAAAGACCAAGGAAACAUUCCACUUGCUAUUGAGUUUUUGGAGGAUGCUAAAAAAAAUUAUACCGGAUACCUUCUUGAAUCCAGAUUACAUUUUAGGAUUCAUUCUGAUUUACUGAAUUUCGGAAAAGAAGGUUGAUGAUCUCGCAGUAUAAUGACAUCCGAAAUUUUUUUAACAAAUUUAUUACUGCCAAUAGAUUCACUAUUGCAGAUUUAUGCACUGACGAUUUUCUUAAAUAAUCUUUUUUAUGAGGGAGAUUGUUAUAUAGUUCUUAAAUGUUUCAUUCAAAAUAAUUAAUUUAUUUUCUGUAUUACUUAUAGUACAGUAUACAUAUAUAGUGUAUCUUUUUUGUUACGUUUUUUGUAUGUAAAUUACUGUUUCUAAUGAUUAACAUAAUUUUGUUAACUAUUACGCAUAUACCUAGAGCACAUGUCACAAAUAGUUCGAAUGGUCUAAAGAAAGAUAUAGAAUUAAAUUAUUUUUUAAAUUUAAAUUAUUUUUCCUAUAAAAGAAUUUUAAUAAACAUUUAUAGACACCAAUUCGAUUGGUGUUAGUGGAAAUCUAAUAUAUGUGUCGAUUAUUUGUGCACGUCUGCACAAUUACUGACACUAAUGUUGUAUUUACACUGUUUAAUAAAUUGUAAAUGACACAUGAACAAAAAAUGUGAAAUGGGAAUAAACAAAUGAUUUAUUAAUAAA